UAAAAAUCCGCCACCAUUGAUUGCCAAUCGCGUUCCAUACAUGUACUCAAUCAUUUUUAUUCCGAGGACCGACAAUCAAAUUUCUGAUAAAAUCUUACAGAAUUUGUCCAGCAUUAUGCCUUAUGCCAACCAACCAACGAUACAGUUAACGGAGCUGACUGAUGACAAUGUGAAGUUCAUAAUCGAAGACACAGAUCUUAGUGUUGCGAACAGUAUCAGGAGGACUAUCCUGGCAGAGGUUCCUACAAUAGCAAUUGACUGGGUAGAAAUUCAGGCCAACAGUUCAGUCCUUCAUGAUGAAUUUAUUUCUCAUAGAGUUGGUCUCAUUCCACUCACAAGUGAUGAAGUAGUUGACAAACUUAACUUCAACAGGGACUGUGGAUGUGAGGAGUUUUGUUCAGAAUGCUCAGUGGAGCUGUCAUUGGACGUGAAGUGUACAGAUGAUCAGACACGUCAUGUAACCUCCAGGGAUCUACUCUCAAGUAAUCAGAAAGUCGUCCCGGUUCCAUCAAGAAAUCAAGAGUCAAGUGACUAUGGUGAAGUAGACGAUAUUCUUAUUGUAAAACUGAGGAAAGGCCAAGAGCUUAGGUUACGAGCGUAUGCCAAGAAAGGUUUUGGUAAAGACCAUGCCAAAUGGAUCCCCACUGCAGCCAUCGCAUUUGAAUACGACCCAGACAACGUGAUGAGGCAUACAGUGUACCCAAAACCAGAUGAGUGGCCUAAGAGUGAAUUCACAGAAGUAGAUGAAGACACACCACAGGGCAAGUUUGAUGGUGAUGCAGUUCCUAACAAGUUCUUCUUCAACGUGGAGUCUAUUGGUGCUUUAACACCUGAAAAUAUUGUUUUCUCUGGGUUAUCUGUUCUGAAAAAGAAAUUGAGUGAUCUGCAGACCCAGCAUAGCCACGAAGCCCAGGCACAGGCCGAGGGACUAGCCAUUAAUUGAGCUACAUGUAUGGUAUUCACAGGACUUUAGAAAUCUUCAAGAGACUCUAUGUUUUGAGAUUAACAUCAGUGGAAUGGAAUGGAAGGAGAGAGAGCAAGCAAGAAGGGAAAAUCCACAUUUUACUGCUAAAAUGAAUGGACAUUGGCCGUAUUCUGAAAUCAGGUUUUAUUUAAGCGCUGGUAAAAUGUGGUGGUUUAACUAUGGUUAAUUCUGGAAGGUAUCUCUAUUAACAGUACAAGCUCAAUUUGUCAGCUCAUUUUGAAUUCAAAUUAUUCAUAACUGACUGGGAAUGAUUAAUGAAGUAGUUCUCAUCAAAUCAUGUAGAAAAUGGCCAAGUAAAGAUAACAAACAUAAGGUGAAUGCAAUGUGGGAAUUUUUGGAUUCUCGUAUUUUUAGCAGUUAGCAAAUUUCGACCAUGGGCCAAGGUUAGCUCAAGUUAACAAGACUUAAGAAUACGGGCCAUUGUGUAGACGUAUUAUUAGCAUAUACUUGAAUGAUGCCUUUUGAAAGGGGAAAUGAAAUCCAGCUGUAGCACAUAGUGAAUAUCAUGCCAUAUGCCAAAAUGCAUUGGGCUA